UUAGUAAUAUGUACUCAGAUAAGACACUGAUUUUAUGUGAUAGAAGGCAACAAUAGACAGAUUUAACCAAUGUGCUUAUAAGGACAGAAGAUAGACACAAAAUAGUGGAGUAACUCAGCUGGACAGGCAGCAUCUCUGGAGAGAAGGUCGAGACCCUUCUUCGGAGUUAUAAGUCUGAAGACAUAUAAAUGCUUAUAAGGGCAUUUUUACCGAAUGAGCAAAACUAUUUGUGAACAUGUCAAGGGUUGAAAUAAUACAUUGUGCAAAUAUUUAAAUGUUAGUAACAAACUGAGGUUGCAAUCUCUGACCACAGAUAACUGCAUCUUAGCUCCUGAUCUGUGAGCUGCAUGAACAGUGGUUAUGAGGUUUUAUUCUGUUGCUUUCCGGUGUUGUAAAUAACUAUAGUACCGCUGCAGAAUUCUUUAUAUCACUUCUUUACAAUCUUGAGAUUUACAGCCAUAUUACAAUCAUGUCAGUGUACAGAUGUCGUUAAACUGGAAAGGGUACAGAGAAGAUUUACGAGGAUUUUGCUGGAACUUGAGGGCCUGAGCUGUAGGCAGGAGGAUGAGGGGUGAUCUUAUACAGAUUUGUGAGAUCAAGAGAGGAAUACAUGGGGUGAAUGCACAGAGUCUUUUACCCAGAGAAAGGGAAUCAAGAACCAAGGGCAUAGGUUUAAGGUGAGGAGGGAAAGAUUUAAUAGGAACCAGAGGUGCAUCUUUUUUUUACACAAAGGGUGGUAGGUGUAUGGAACGAGCUGCAGGAGGAGGUAGUUGAGCCAGGUACUAUCACAAUGUUUAAAAAACAUUUGGACAGAUACAUGGAUAGGAAUAAGAUAGGUUUAGAGGGAUAUGGGCCAAGCACAAGUAGUGGGACUAAUACAGGAGGGGCAGGCAGGUGGGACUCACCCCAUCAGGUGGGGCUGGACAAUGGCUGCCUCGCCAACAGGCUGCUUCAUCCCUCAUAAACAAUUCUCUUUUUAUUGUUUUUUAGUCUGUAGUCAAAUGUUGUUUUAGUUUAUCUUUAGUUAUGUAUUAUGUGGGGGCUUUUUAAUCUCUUUCCUUGACGGAGAUGCAACUUUUUCCUUAUCGUAUCUCCAUCUGCACUGCGGCCUAACAUCGUGGAGCUGGUGGCCUCUUGCUGGGAAUCGACCUUGGGAACCCAAGGAGAGGUCAUUCACCUGCCCUAUGUGCAGGAAGGGAUUCACUCAGCCGUCCAACCUCUUGACGUACCUGAGAGUCCACACGUGACUGCUGAACCCUAAGUGUUGCUGGAUCCAAGAUUGAACCAUGUUUCUUCUAGUUCAGUUUAUUAUUGUUACGUGUAUCGAUUGUUACGUAUACGUAAAUGGCUGUGAACUUUAACAUCGUGGAGCUCGCGGUCCCUGGUUAGGGGCUUCGGGAGCUUCGAUCGCCCCGACGCGGGAGCUUCAAUUGCCCCGACUGCAGAUGGUUUGACUCCCCCGACUUCGGGAGAAAAGAAGGAAAGAAGAUGAGACUUUAUUGCCUUCCAUCACAGUGAGGAAGGUAGAGGAGCUGCUUAUGAUAAUUUUUUAUGUGGUUCCAUGUUUUGUUGCUUAUCUGAUAUGACCGUACGGCAAACCAAAUUCCUCAUGUGAUUUACAUACUUGUUUUGUUUUCAUACUAGGCUAAUAAAAUCAAUUACAAUUGCCAUCUAAGUUAGUUUCAUUCGCCACAUUUGCCACAUAAACAUCUAACCCUUUCCUAUCCAUGUACCUGUCACAAUGUUUUUUUUUAAUGCUGUUAUAGUACCUGCCCCAACUACAUCCUUCAGCAGCUCAUUCCAUGUACCCAAUAACUCAGGUGAAUUAUUUGCCCCUAAGGUUCCUGUUAAAUCUUUCCACUCUCACCGUAAAUAUAUGUCCUCUGAUUCUUAAUUCCGCUAGCCUGGGUAAAAGACUAUGCGCGUUUACCUGAUCUAUCCCCCUCAUGAUUUUAUAUACCUCCAAACGAUUACCCCUCAACCUCUCCCUAUAGCUCAGUCCCUCGUGUCCUGGCAACAUCCUCGUAAAUCUUCCCUGCACUCUUUCCAGUUUAAGUUGGGGGCAUAAUAAAUUGAUGAAUUAAAGGAGCAGAAUUCGGCCAUUCGGCCCAUCAAGUCUCUCUACCAUUUGAUCAUGGCUGAACUAUCCUUCCCUCUUGACUCCAUUCUCUUACCUCCUUCACAAAACUCAUGACACCCACACUAAUCUAAAAUCUAUCAAUCUCCACCUUAAAAAUAUAUCCAUUGACUUGGCCCCCACAGCCAUCUGUGGUAAUGAAUUCCACAGGUUCACCACCCUCUGGCUAAAGAAAUUCCUCCUCAUCCUUCUAAAGGUAAUAUUCCUUUUAGUUCAUUUUAAAAAUUUUUGUCCCAUAUAAAAUGUGUUCCAUAUUCAAUUCAGUCCCAUAUAAAAUGUGUCCCAUAUAAACAAUUGCUAAACAAAAGUUAGCUUUGAGUUGAAUAUCUAUAAAGAAGUAAGAGAAAUUAAUGUAAUGAAGUGCGUGGCUUAAUUGCUGAAUUGCUCCUCCCCUUAGUUUACUGACACCUCUUGCAUAGCCAAGCCUUCCCUGGUACAUUCGUAGUGUAAACAGCAUCAGUGUGGUUAGAUCGAAACGACUUUAAAAAGACAGCUCGAUCCUUUAGAUUUUACUUCACUUCUCAAGAUCAGCCUGACUAAGUAGCUCUGAAAGGAUCGUUGCACUUCAAAAAAACUGUUCUGUUCCACCUCUGUGGGGCGAAUUCAAGGAAGUCGCUGACGUUCGUUGCUUAUUGAAAUCUUACACUCAAAGUGAAGAGCAAACUUGCAACAAAUUGAACGAAGAUGUCCACUGAAGAAGAAUAUUUCAGCCAGACCGAUGCCUAUCCAUCUUUUGAAACUACUGAUCUUAAUUAUGAUGAUUAUGUCGAUGACAUAAAUGGACAUUUCUGUCCGCACGGGGAGUUACCUCUGCUAAAUAUCUUGAUCUCAGUCCUCUACUAUGUGAUCUUCAUUGUUGGAUCGUUGGGAAAUGUAAUUGUCAUUUUGAUCAUGUCCUUCAAAGAGAAGAGGCGGUGGAGAUUGGUGGACACUUACGUGAUCAACUUGGCCAUUGCAGACCUGAUAUUCAUCUUCAGUUUGCCCCUAUGGGGGGCCUCAGCUGCCCACUGUCACCAGUGGAACUUUGGAAAUGAGCUCUGCAAACUUAGCAGCUACAUCAUUGCCGUCAACAAGUACUCCAACAUAUUUUUCCUCACCUGCAUGAGUAUAGACCGGUACCUGACCAUCGUUAAACAGUUGGACUUCAAACACGUCAGGACUCAGAACUACUCCAUGAAAAUCAGUGUUGUGGUCUGGGUCACGUCCAUGCUGCUCGCCAUUCCUUCCGCCUACUUCAGACAACUUCAUCAACUCAACGCAACCUACUGCAAAGAGGACUCGACUUCUCAUUUCUACCGAGGGUUCAGCCUGAUCGUUAUCUGCCCGACCUUCGUACUGCCUAUUGUUGUCAUCCUGUUUUGUUACUGCUCCAUACUCAACAGACUAAGGGACCAUUAUGUUCACAGCAAGAAACUUCUCCAGAGAAGAGAGAACUCCUGGAAAAUCAUCCUUGCCAUCGUGUCUGGGUUUGUCCUGUCCUGGUUACCCUUUAACAUUUUCAAGGCUAUCGAUCUGUGUUUGCAGUUCAAGGAGGUAGACCCGUCUUGGCGGGUUGUUGUCACACGUGGCUUGGCCAUCGCUUCUUGCUUGGCCUUCAUUAACAGCUGCAUGAACCCAAUCAUUUACGCUUUUCUUGACCGGAAUUUCAGGUUGAGAACCAGCCGCCUGUCUACUUGUGUCUUUGGCAGCAUCAGGAAGAGAAGUAACAGUUUUGGCUCCCUGUCAAUACCCACAGAAAGCAGCACCUUUCCAGAAAGUCCAAAGCCUAACCCUUACUGCAUCAACUGAGGAGAUGCACAAAUAAAGCCUUUCGGUAAAAAGCAUGCAGACUUACCAAAGCCGAAGAUUAGUUUAAUUUAGUUUAGUUUAUCAUUCUCAUGUGCAAUGAGGUAAAGUGAAAAGCCUAUUUGUUGCACACUAAGGUUUGGUGCCAUCUUAAGAAUAUAUCCAUAAAUCUCCGUACUUUGUGGGUUUUGCAGAGACAUUUGAAAAAUCUUUAUGCCAAUGUAUCUAUAAUUGUGAAUAUAACCGUGAAGAUAUCUAAAGCUUUGGUUAGCCUGAAUGAUGUUUUGAGUCAUAUUUGAGCUGGAUUGUACGCUAAUCUAUAAAUGCAACCUAUUCUACUAUGUGGAAUUUAAAAUUGGAGUUUCUUUCUUGCCAUGUAUCAUUUAUCUUUUAAACUGAAUUAAAUAAAAGUACCUGUUUUCAUCAGACAACUGUUUUUUUAUCCUUGUUUUUUUUUUCGACUUCUCGGGCACUCUUGAAACCAAAUCAGAUGACCCAGUGAUAAGAGGGGUCACAGGAGAGGGCGGACAGGCUGGGUGGGAUAUGGAGUGUGGUGUGGAGGUAGACGAGAUUUAAGCAGGUUUCAAGGAUUCAGAUCAAUGAUGGAUGAAGAACACUCAAGUAAUAUCAAAGGAACAGGAAUGACACAUUUAUUAAAACAAUUGGGGCAGCACAGUGGCACAUCAGUGGAGUUGUGGCCUUACAGCGCUAGAGACUCGGGUUCGAUCCUGACUAUGGAUGUUGUCUGUACGGAGUUUGUACAUUCUCCCCGUGACCAAGUGGAUUUUGCCCGGUGCUCCAGUUUCUUCCCACAUCCCAAGAUGUACAGUUUUGUAGGUUCAUCGGUUUUGGUAAAGAUUGUAAGUUGUCCCUAGUGUGUAGGAUAGUGCUAGUGUACGGGGUGAUCGCUGGUCGGGACGGACUCAGUGGGCCGAAGGGCCUGUUCUGCAUUUUAUCUCUAAAAUAAACUAACUAAACAGUAAAACACAGUAAAACUACUCUUAAAUCUAUAAACAAACAGUAGCAAACAACAUAUAAGCACUGAGUCUCACACAUACUUCAACUUCAAAAGGUCACAACAGCUUGUCAGGAACUACUUUUUAUAGCAGCAUUCUCUUAACGGCUGUAGGUUCUAGCACCAUGGUGAAGUCCCGUGAUACGUUUCAUUGAAUGCAUUUGCAUAAUUACUAAGCCCACAAUUCUACCCAGGUCUAAAACUACAGCUGACUAUGCUUUUCUGUUGACCACCUGUUCUUCCCGUGCUGAGAACAAGGGUUUUUGUUACGUCAGUGACAGAGCACAUCCUGAUAGUCUCUGAGAAAGAAAACUUCAUCUUAGGGUGGCACAGUAGCGCAGCGGUGGAGCUGCUGCCUUACAAUGCCGGGGACCCGGGUUCGAUCCUGACUACGCGUGAUGCCUGUACGGAGUUUGUACGUUCUCCCCGUGCUCUGGUUUCCUCCCGUAAUCCAAAGAUGUUCAGGUUUGUAGAUUAAGUAGCUUCGGCAAAUUACCCCUAGUGUUUAGGAUAGAACUAGUGUACGGGAGAUCGCUGGUCAGUGCAGAAUCGGUGGGUUGAAGCGCCUGUUUCCACGCUGCAUCUCUAAAUUCCAAAAUAAAACUCUAAAGUAAAUGUUUUAAUGCUAGGUGACCUUGCAGCCAUGGAUAAGAAGUCGUAUUUGUUUUUCUAGGUGAGGCCAAGUAUUUUCCCCAAGCAUCUAGUUUAUUUAUCCAAGCAAGCAUGCUU